AUGGAAAACUUCAACCGUAAACUCGACAAAAAUAAUGGCGACUUACCAGCCGUCAUAUAUGAAGGGGACGAGUUUCCAGCAAAACCCGCACCCCCAUCAGAACGGCGAUCUCAUAAUAUCG